UUUUAAUAUCUUUAGUUAUUUUUCUGUUCUUGUGUUGGAAAAACGUUUCAGACGUUGUUCCUUCUGAAGUGAUCACUUCCUCAAAUAUCAAGUAUCAUCCUUCUUUGAGGAGACGUGCCUUAGACCCGACAAUGAAAAAAUAUAUAGCACGCAACACUGUUAUUCUCAUACUGGUCAUGUUAUGUUGCUCAUUGCUCUACAAUCUUUGGCCUCACAACAGAGCUGCGCUUCAGUCAGUGUUUUACAAAGAAGUAGUGCGGACUAAAUAUAUUUACACCCGGCCUCCUCCCUGGUCCAGCGGCCUCCCCGUUAUCUUUGCCAUUACUCCCACUUACAGUCGGCCGGUGCAGAAGGCAGAGCUGACACGUCUGGCCAAUACUUUCCUCCAUGUUCCCAACCUGCACUGGAUUGUGGUGGAGGACUCUAAAAAUACAUCGACUCUGGUUAGCCACCUCCUCCAGAGCACAGGACUCAACUACACCCACCUUCAUGUGGAGACCCCUUUGAAAUUUAAAGUCACUGGUGGAAAAAAACGGAUCCCACCUCGGGGCACUUUGCAGAGGAACCUGGCUCUGCAAUGGCUACGACAGACCUUCAGUGUAAAUGACAGCCACCCUGGGGUUGUUUACUUUGCAGAUGAUGACAACACCUACAGUCUGCAACUUUUUGAGGAGAUGCGUUUUACAACAAAAGUGUCUGUGUGGCCCGUAGCAUUUGUGGGUGGAUUACCAUAUGAAUCACCUAAAGUAAACUCCUCAGGAAAGGUAUAUGGUUGGAGAGUCAUCUUUGACCCCCAUCGACCUUUUGCCAUUGACAUGGCUGGGUUUGCAGUGAACCUCAAGCUUAUUCUGACCAAACCUCAGGCUAGAUUCAAACUAACAGGUGUGAAGGCAGGAUAUCAAGAGAGCAGCUUACUAACAGACCUGGUGUCUCUUAGUGAUUUAGAGCCAAAAGCUUCAAAUUGCACUAAGGUUUUAGUGUGGCACACACGAACGCAGACUCCCAUUUUGAGAAAAAACAUCACAGGAUUAGCGGAUCUCAUUGGAGAAAUAUAAAACAGGCAGCUGCUGCUUUGCUUUGGAGCAGCUUACACUGAGGGACCUCACUACCACAAACACCCACCUUUGAUGCCACCACAGUUCCAAUAGUUUCACAUAUUUAGAGCUUGCAAUAUUUUAACUGAGAUCAUAAACGUUUUUUACUGGCAAAGAUGAACAAAUUCCAGAUGCCAUCCAUUUUCCAAACCUAAUUAAUUAUUUUGGGAGUCUAUGGUUGCUGGAGCCUAUCCCAGCUACUGUUGGGCAAAGGCGAAAACCUGGAGAAAACUCACACAUCCACAGGAAGAACAUGCAAACUCCACACAGAAAAGUCCCAGCUGGUAUUUGAACGUGCAAGACCUUAUUGUUUGAAGGCAAGAGUGUUGCCCUCUAUCCCACCGUGAAGCCUGAUUCAGAACACAAUCACCUGUUUUUGAUAAUGUUAUUGAUAUUGAUGGCCAUUUAUUUAAAUAGAGUUUUGUAAAAUAAAACACUUUAACCCCGU